CCAACCACUGCGCUGGGAGACAGACAGAAAGAGAGAGCGUGAGAGAGAGAGAGAGAGAAGGAGGAGGAGAAGAAGGAGGAGGAAGAAGAGGUAGCAGCAGGCAGACAAUGUGGACAGUGUGAGAGAGCUCCACACUUCAUUUCAGGGGUUAGCGGAGGACGUGAGCGUCAACACAACGAAAGAAUAUAUCCUCCAAGCCUGAGGGAAAAAAAAAAAGUGAAAGGAGAGGCAGAGGAAAGGAAAGGAAGGAAGCAAAGAAGGAGAAAAGGAGGGAGGGAGAGGGGUGAGGAGGGGCUCCUCACCGUGUCUGCUCAAACGCAGCAAGAUUUCGUCUCCCCUCCAUUCUGUUAUUCGAGCUCCGUUUUCAUCGCUUGCCCUCCAUCCUUUCUUUUCGCACGGUGGAAGAGAGGAGCGGAGGAGGACGAAGCAGCCCUUCUCCCUUGUCUCAGUGGAGCAGCACAGAAAGGAGAUGAGAAGAGUGAGGCUCUGAACAAGGAGAGGCAGAUACACACAGAGUGUUUCCUUCGUUCCUGGUCGCCUCUGUCGUUCCUUUGGGAGCGAGCGGCUUGAAGCCUCUGCUCAUGUCCGUCAACUCAGAAAAAUCCUCGUCCCCGGAAAGGCCUGAGACACAGCAGAAAGUUCCAUCCGCUCCCCCUCCUCCUCCUCCUCCUCCUCCUCCUCCACCACCCCAACCUGAGCCAGUCGCACCCCCAGAACCAGAGGAAGAGAUUUUGGGCUCGGAUGAUGAGGAACAGGAGGAUCCGGCAGACUACUGCAAAGGAGGGUACCAUCCGGUGAAGAUAGGGGAUCUGUUCAAUGGGAGGUACCAUGUGAUCCGAAAGCUAGGCUGGGGUCACUUUUCUACGGUCUGGCUAUGUUGGGAUAUCCAAGGGAAGCGCUUUGUGGCGAUGAAGGUGGUGAAGAGUGCUCAGCACUACACAGAGACGGCACUAGACGAGAUCAAGCUACUGCGAUGUGUACGUGAGAGUGACCCCACUGACCCCAACAAAGACAUGGUGGUUCAGCUCAUCGAUGACUUCAAGAUCUCGGGGAUAAACGGAAUCCAUGUAUGUAUGGUAUUUGAAGUCCUUGGCCACCAUCUACUGAAAUGGAUCAUCAAGUCCAACUAUCAGGGCCUGCCUUUACCGUGCGUCAAGAGCAUCAUCAGACAGGUCCUGCAGGGUCUGGAUUACCUCCACACUAAGUGCAAGAUCAUUCACACAGACAUCAAGCCGGAGAACAUCCUGAUGUGUGUGGAUGACGCCUUUGUCCGGCGCAUGGCAGUCGAAGCCACCGAGUGGCAGAAAGCAGGAGCACCUCCUCCCUCUGGAUCUGCAGUGAGCACAGCACCCCAACUCAAACAGGUGGGGAAGAUCUCCAAGAACAAGAAGAAGAAGCUGAAGAAGAAGCAAAAGCGGCAGGCGGAGCUGCUAGAGAGACGCAUGCUGGAGAUAGAGGCAUUAGAAAGGGAGGCCGAGAGACAGAAAGCCAACGAAGGGAUAAACCCACCACCAGGACCUGCACUAGCGCUCGGGGAGAGUGAAGAUGAGGACGACGAAGAGGAGGACAUAGAGGAAGAAGAGGAAGGAGAGGGAGAGAGGGAGCAUCCUGUUAGAUUAACCAACCACACAUGUGCAGCUCCUCCAGAGCCACAACAGCAGGAAGAUGAGGAGGACUGUGAAGUACCUCCCAACACUGACAUUCCCGAUGUUGAAGAUCCCACGGCGGAGACGGAGACCAACACACCACAACGUGAAGAGAGCAACAACCCUGCAAAUGAGGAUGAGGAGGAGGAGGAGGAGGAAGAGGAGGAGGAGGAACGAGAAGAAUCUGAAGAAGAUGCGGAAGAGCAGGAGAAAGCAACAGAACAGCAGGAAGCUGAAGCAGAUCAGGAAGACGCAAAAGAAGUAGACAGACUUGAACCUGUAUCUUCGGAUGAGAAGCCAGAACCAAAGACAGACGAGUGUGCAAAGGAGGAACAGCCUGAGCUGCCGAAAGAAGAAGGAGAAAGAAGAGAAGAGGAAGGCGACGAGGAAGACGAAGACGAAGGUGAUGACGAUGAGGACGACGAUGACGAUGAAGCAGAGGAUGAAACCCAGGAGCUUAGGAACUCCACAGAGACCCACAACGACACCUUAAAAACCAACGGUCAUGCAGUGUUGGACGCAAAUCAUCCAUCAGAAGUUGUGCCCCUGGUGCCCUCACCCACACCUCUGCUGUGUCCGCUGGUGGAGUCAGAGCUCAGCGUCACUGACCGCGACGCCUCCGAUGCCUCUUAUGAGCUGUUUAACGGCGAGACAGCAGCACUUAGUAACGGCGCUCGACACCGAGCCACAGCACCACGCUUCCCCGAGCUCCCACUGGACCCUGACCUGGACGAGUGUGAGAAUGAGGAAGGAGAAACAAACCUGAACCCUGAUGCCGAGCGCAGCCGCACCGUCUCAUCCUCCAGCACCGGAGACACUCCGAAAGCUAAAGCACGAUCAGCUGACCUGCUGGUGAAUCCUCUGGACCCUCGCAACGCUGACGUACUCCGAGUGAAAAUAGCGGACCUGGGCAAUGCCUGCUGGGUGCACAAGCACUUCACAGAAGACAUCCAGACGAGGCAGUACCGCUCUAUCGAGGUUCUGAUCGGUGCUGGUUACAGCACUCCUGCAGACAUCUGGAGCACCGCUUGUAUGGCGUUUGAGCUGGCGACAGGAGACUAUCUGUUCGAGCCACAUUCAGGAGAGGACUACUCACGUGAUGAAGACCACAUCGCUCUGAUUAUGGAGCUGCUGGGGAAAAUCCCACGUAAAGUCAUCGCUGCAGGGAAAUACAGCCGUGAGUUCUUCUGUAAGAAAGGCGAGUUGCGGCACAUCACUAAACUAAAGCCGUGGUCUCUGUUUGACGUCCUGGUGGAGAAGUACGGCUGGUCAGCUGAGGACGCCGGCCACUUCACAAACUUCCUGUUGCCCAUGCUGGAGAUGGUUCCAGAAAAACGCGCCUCUGCAAGAGACUGCCUCAAUCAUCCCUGGCUGAACUCGUAGCACCUUCCCACCUCUAGCUCUUUUCCCCCCUAGUGGCGGGCUUCAGGACUGCACCCUGCUCUCAGUCUGGGGGGGAGAGAAAGUGAGGUCAGAGAGACAGAGAGAGAGAGAGAGAAUAGGGGAAGAAAGGUGUGUGUGGACUAAUGUAAGUCUGGACCAUGUUGGAGUGAGUUACUACAGGUGGAAAUCUGCAUUCACUAUACACUCUGUUGCACCUACACACACACAAACACACACACACACUCAGUGCUGCUCAUUAACUCAGAUUCCAUUUUCAGAUGGAUGAAAAGUAUCCUGUAAAAACAAAUAAGAAAUAUGCAAUGGAGUCAAAACAAGCACCCAGAGACACGGCAGAUAGCGUUGCUGCAUCACAGCUCCAGAGUCCCCCGGUUUCAUCCUUGACUCUGGUCACUGUCUGUGUGAAGUUCCACGUUCUCGCGGUGUCCGCAUGGGUUUCCUCUGGGUUCUCCAGUUUCCUCCCGCACAUUGGAUUGGAUUGGCUGUGAUAAAUUGCCCGUAGAUUUGAACAAGUAUAUGAAUGUGUGUGUGUGUGUGUGUGCACUGUGUAUGCUUAGUAUCUUGCAUCCCAUCCAAAGUGCAUUCCAGCCUAACACACAGUGUACCCGGAAUAGGCUCCGGAUCCACCGAGACCCUCAUAAAGUGGUUUGUGAAUGAAUGAUUAAGCAUUAAACAGAUUUCUACACUUUCCCAUAUUAAGCAGAUUAAAAGGCUAGGGCCGAAUCAGCGCCCUUAGAGCGCCAAAAUGUCCUUGAACUACAUUCAAAAGGAACUGUGUUUGCUUGCCUCAAUACUUCAGUGUUCAAACUCCAGUAGGCUCCAAACACACUAAAGGAACCUCAAACAUCGUAGUCACUGUGAGCUGCUGGAACUGAAAUAUGGUGUAUGCAUGUCAGUGUUACUGCUCUAACUUUUUCUGAUGGAAAUAGUCCACCAUCUCUCUCUCUCUCUCUCUCAGCCUCUGAUCCCCCCCUUACAGAGACAGAGCCCCCUGAGCCAAGGUUCUGCCACAGAACUGUUUACAGCCCUCCCUCAAACCCCAAAACCUCUACCACCACCACCACCACCACCACCUCCUAUCAGAGCUGCAUGCCACCGUCCUGGCCCCUGCAGACACAUGGGAGACUCCAAACACAAGAGAGACACACUGUGGAUUCUAACCAUUCUGUGACGUGUAGGAAAUGAACAAAACAUGAAGUCCGCGAGACUUCAACAGACUGCUUCCUGUCAUUUCUCUGAGCAUGGAGAACCUGAGGGCGAGUGUGCGUUUUACUGGUGUCCAGAGUCUCCCGCUUCGUUCGUUUCAUUCAUGAAAAACUGGUCAAAGCCUCGAUGUCGAGGGUUCUUGUGGGAACCACGUAUACUGUCAACACGCACUCUCUCAAGCAUUCCACAACCGUUUCUAACACGUGCGCUUUCUUCCGUUUUUUUUUUUUUCUUUCUUUCCUCCGCAGCACCAUCACAUGACCAUAAAUUGACCGCCACCCAAAUCAGUCCAGUUCUGUUCGAGGUGUAAAAAAAAAAAAGACCGAGGUUGCACUUGCGUUGCGUUUGUUCAGGGAUUACGAUCAGUGUAAAGAGCGCAACAGAUGCUCUACUAACCUAGCGACAUCUACUCCACUGCGAAACAGAUAUACAGCUUAAGUGAGGGAGGAGCCUCGUGGAAUGGAGUUCUAUGCUGAAGUGUGUGUGUGUGUUUGUGUGUGGGGGGAAAAGGACACACAACCCCACACACGACAGCUCGCUCUCAGUGCCAAUGGCCCUCUUCCACAUUCCUGCUCCAUCUCUCAUCACCUAUUUUCGCAAUAAAAAAAAAAAAGUAUAAGUAGAUGGUGAAGUAUUUUUAAAAACGAUAUUUUAAAAAAAAAAGAGAAAAAAGAACUUCUGAUUGUUGUGACCGAAUAUCGUCUUAUUAUUGAGGUGAUUGUGUUUUUGUCCGUUUAGAGAUGUUUUAAUUUUUUUUGUAAUUAUGAUGAUUAUGAUUACUAUUAUUGCCAUUCACUAUUUUUUUACAUUCGGUUGUCAUCUCUCUCUCUCUCUCCUUUCGUUAGAGUGAACAGUGCUGCUCUGUAUGGACUAGUGUGAUGCUGAUCACAUUUGAUCAAACAUUUUUGCAAUAAUAGUGAAUUUUUGCACCAAAAGCUCCUGAUCUCUCACUUUAGCCAUGCUGACUGUUCUUCCCCAACAUUCACAGUUACAUCCUUGUCUGUUUUUCAUUGACAGAUUUAAUAAAAUUAUAAAUUAAUGGCU